GUCAGCUUCCCAAGGGUGUCGUCUAUUUGCUGGAACAUAAGUUAGCACGCUAGCGGUAGAGCUAAUUUAACGUUAGUUGCAACGUUUGUUGUUCAGGUUAAUUGAAAUUGAACAUGGAAACUGCCAAUGAACAUCAGAUACUUAAUCCGGGAAAUGUUCGACAUUUGGAGGGGAGUUUUUUGAACUGAGUGGUUGAGUAAGUUAACCUGGAAAAUCCUGUCUGUUGAUGAUGAACCUCAUGACUUGGAACACUGACACAAUUUUCGAGGGGACAGCGAGGAGUAUAAUUUCUCUGGACUAAGUGAAGACCUCCCUCCUUGAAGAAGUGUGAAACAUGCCCUUGCCAUUUGGCUUAAAACUCAAAAGGACUCGACGGUAUACUGUUUCAAGCAAGAGCUGUCUUGUCACUCGGAUUCAGCUGCUCAAUGGAGAGUUUGUUGAGUUUACACUUUCGGUGGAGAGCACUGGGCAGGAAUGUUUGGAGGCAGUUGCUCAGAGACUCGAGUUAAGAGAGAUAACAUACUUCAGCCUGUGGUACUUCAACAAGCAGAACCUACAGAGAUGGAUUGACUUGGAGAAGCCGCUGAAAAAGCAGCUGGACAAGUAUGGGCUGGAGCCCACCGUUUACUUUGGAGUCGUGUUUUACAUACCCAGUGUCACCCAGCUGCAACAGGAGAUCACAAGAUACCAGUACUAUCUACAGCUGAAGAAGGAUGUUCUGGAGGGGAGGAUCUCAUGCUCUCUAGAACAAGCUAUUCAUUUAGCUAGCUUGGCAGUGCAAGCUGACUUUGGAGACUUCAAUCGCUAUGAUUCCCAGGAGUUCCUCCAGAAGUUUGUGCUGUUUCCUAUCGACUGGAUCCAGGAUGAGCGCAUAUUGGAAGAGGCCACUCAGAAAGUCGCUCUUCUCUACCAGUCGCUCAGGGGUUUGUCAGCUCCAGAGGCAGAGAUGUUGUACAUGCAGGAAGUGGAGAAAAUGGAAGGCUAUGGCCAGGAAAGCUAUCAAGCCAAGGACAGUACAGGCACAGAUGUUACCCUGGGACCCUGUCUCGAUGGCAUCUUUGUCAAAUACAAAAGUGGCAGGCCGCUUCUUUUAUUUAGGUGGAAUGAAAUUAACAACAUGAGUCACAACAGGUCCUUCUUUGCCCUGGAGCUAGCCAACAGAGAGGAGAGUGUUCAGUUCCAGACUGAGGACAUGGAAACCUCUAAAUAUGUGUGCCGGAUGUGUCUGGCCAGACUCAAGUUUUAUAAGAUUAACAAGAGUAGCCUCCAAAGCCAGCCCUCAGUCGUCAACACAGUCAGACGGAGAUCCUCUACUAGAAUGUCUCUGCCAAAGCCUCAGGCCUACAUGAUGCCCCCUCCUCAAAUGCACUACAAUGGCCAUUUCACAGAGCCUUACACAUCGUCACAAGACAAUCUGUACAUGAACAGUCAGAAUGGUUAUUACUACCACUCCCAGACGAGCCUCGACUGCUCCCCCCUGGAAUACGGCAGCGCAGGGCGUUUACGAAAUGGCAGCGUAUACAGUGCCCACAGUACCAGCUCUCUGACCAAUCCCCAGCACUACCUGCAGCCCUCGCCAAUGUCCUCCAACCCCUCCAUCACUAGCGAUAUCACCAGACCGGACUACGUCCCCUCGCAUCGCCACAGCGCACUCAUCCCACCCUCCUACCGUGCCACUCCUGAUUACGAGACAGUGAUGCGUCAGAAGACCCGAGGAGCGGGAGGAGGGAUGGUUUUGUCUCAAGAGCACCGGCAGAGCCACUCCAUGAGGAAUCUGAACAUUGGAAACUCAUACGCCUACAGCAGACCAGACCCUCUUGUUUACAGCCAACCAGAGAUCAGGGGGGAGCGUGGUGGAGCAGCCCAACACCACCACUAUCCCUUCCAUCUUGGAUCAAGUUUCCACAGCCCCUCUCCAUACCCAUACCCCACAGAGAGGAGACCUGUAGUGGGGGCAGUCAGUGUCCCGGAGCUCACUAAUGUCCAGUUACAGCAGGCACAGGAGUAUCCAGCCCCUAACAUCAUGAGAACACACGUUUACCGACCUCCUCCACCCUACCCGUAUGCCCAUCCUCGACCUGCAAAUAGCACGCCUGACCUCUCACGUCACCUGUAUGUCAGCAGUAGCAACCCAGACCUGAUCAUCACAAGGCGUGUGCACCACUCAGUUCAGACUUUCCAGGAGGAUAGCCUGCCUGUUGCCCACUCUUUGCAAGAGAUGUCAGAGCCUCUUUUCAGCGGACCCCCACACAGGCACCCGUACAGUGCUCAGAAGCGUAACUCCAUCGAGAUUGCCGGAUUAGCGCACAGUUUCGAGGGGAUGAGGGUCAAAGAGCGGACGGUGUCUUCUUCAGCAGCUGAAACUGCCACACCACCUCCUGUCCUGCGUGGCGGCUGCUCUCAGGGCUCUCAGCUCAAUGUGUUUUUGGAACGUACAAAGACUGAGGACAGGGCUGACGUUAAGGAGGAUGUACGAUAUGGACACAAAAAGUCCCUUUCAGAUGCCACCAUGCUGGUUCACAGCAGUGGCGAGGAAGAGGAGUUUGAGGAUGAUAGUGGACGUCACACUCCUCUUUCUCAUGAUGCAGCGGUGAUUGAGCCUGACAAGCUCUCACAGCAGCAUCACAGCUUUACAUCCCUCUCUUCUCUCACACCUCAGCAACAGACUCCUAUGGAGCCACCACCUGCAUAUCCCAUAGGCUCCUCUCUUGACCCCUCUAUAACCGGCUCCUUGACCUACAAGGUUCACCCUCUGAUCCAGGAGAGUGAGCCUCUGUACUUGCUGUCAGGUUUACGACAGCCCAGGAUUAUGCCGUCUGUCUCUGAGGGAGACCUGAGUGGCCAGGACAAGCAGAAGACUAAGAAAGACUUCAAGAAGAGACCUGUGUCAGACGUUCCUCCUGGGAAGAAAACAGUAGAAGGAUUGCCUCCUCCGGGCAUGAAGAAAGGAGCAAGAUCAGACGUGAAGAAGAUGGGACCUCUGAAGGUGGCCCAUCUCAAUGGCCUGUCAGUCUCCAGGCCGCCGAUGCAAAACGAGGUCAAGGAUGAGCCUGAGAGAGCCUCUAAUGACGAGAGGUGUAAACUGCUGGAGCAUCACUUGGAGCAAGGAGAGCUGUUAAAAGAGUACGAGAGCAUCCCAAGGCGGCAUCCGUCAGGGGAAUGUACCAUUGCCCUGCUGCCAGAGAGCGGAGACAAAAACCGCUUCCAAGAUGUCCUGCCUUACGAUAACACUCGCGUGGAGCUGGUUCCCACUAAAGAGAACAACACGGGAUACAUCAAUGCAUCACAUAUCAGAUUAGCAGCGGGUGGACAGGAGUGGAACUACAUUGCCACUCAGGGUCCCCUGACGAAUACGUGUCAGGACUUCUGGCAGAUGGUGUGGGAACAGGGUGUCUCCAUCAUCGCUAUGGUCACUGCUGAAGAGGAGCGCGGCCGAGAAAAGAGCUUCCGGUAUUGGCCCCGACUUGGCUCACGACACAACACUGUGACAUAUGGACGCUUCAAGAUCACAACGCGGUUCCGCACAGAAUCCGGCUGCUACGCCACCACAGGGCUGAAGAUCAAACACCUCCUGACGGGCCAAGAGAGGACUGUUUGGCACUUGCAGUACACAGACUGGCCUGACCACGGCUGUCCUGAGGACUUAAAAGGCUUCCUCACAUACCUGGAGGAGGUGCAGUCUGUGAGGAGACACACAAACAGCAUCAGUGACCCAAAGAACACCAACCAACCUGUGCUGGUCCACUGCAGUGCUGGAGUGGGACGGACUGGGGUGGUCAUCCUGUCUGAGAUUCUGAUAGCUUGUCUGGAGCACAACGAGACGCUGGAUAUCCCAAAAGUCCUGCUGAAGCUGCGCGCUCAGAGGAUGAUGAUGGUUCAGACUUUUGCUCAGUACAACUUCAUCUACAAGGUCCUCAUCCAGUACCUCCGCAACUCCAGGCUCAUAUGAACACAAGUGUCUGUCCGACCCAACGGUCACGGUCGUCACAGAUGAUUCUAGCAUGGAGUUUGCUUCAGGUUUAUGCCAAACUGCACUGUGAUGAUGCAGCUUUAUAAACCUGUUCAAUGUAGCGGUCAGUAUUUGACUGUAUCAAAUCAGGUGAUGCUGAAGGAAGGAUGUGUGGAUGUACAAGAAAGAAGUAAUACAACAUGGAGGAGCAUAAAGACCUGUGACCUGCCUCUAAACAGUAUUAUAUAUAUUAUUUUUUUUACGUACAUUAUCGCUUAAUAAAGCAAGCACUUUUACAGUACUUUUCUGUACAUAAUGAACCAAUGUUAAGCUGCAUAAAAAAAUCUCUAUCGUUAAUGUGUAUCAAAAAUAGUUGUGCUUUCAAUUGACUAAGGUCACUUUUUAAAUAAAUGUUUUUGGAUUGCUGUUUGGUAACUAUUGGUUCUAACAGUGAAGGACUUUUAAAUAGUAAUGAAGAUCAUAAGAAACGAUCCUAAGAUUGUCACAUAUGAAGGUUUUGAUUACAAGUCCAGACCUCUGGUAAUACAGAAGGGGGUCUGUCCCUGCAUAUUCUACUUAAUAAGAGUUUAUAGAUCUACACUUAGCACAAUGCCACCAAUGUUCCUUGGGUAGUUGUAAAGAAGGCCUGAAUACCCCCUAAAAGCACCUGCUAAAAACAAAUGAAAACUAAUGUACAUAUUCUCUCAGUGCACAAAUAAGAUUGUCCUUACAAAGAGGAGUGGGAUGGAUUGGUCUUUAAUAAAACACUGGAUUGAUAGGAAGUAGAAAUGUAUUGCGCGUGUUCCCGAAGUAUACAGGUAAUGAGUUAAGUAAAAUAUUGAGAUUCAAACUUGCAAAUUAAUUUUAUACUCAUAGUUUUCCUUUUUUUUUUUAAAACCUGAGAACACUGAGUGCCGUAUUUGAGCUUAGAUCAAUACACCCUUAAAUACCUGCAUUUUGAAGUUGAAAGGUUUUUUUUGUUUUUUGUUUUUUGAUAAAAUGAAGGAAGGUUUUAUUCAGUGUCAUUUAUUGCUUGUUUGAUUGCAGUGAUAUGUGAUUAUUGAUGCCAGUCAAUACUGAGAGACACCCCCACGGAUCAGUAAUUAUAAUAAUUCUUGAAUGCGGGUUUGAUCUCCUAAGUUUUUACGCUUUGUUUCGUUAAAAAUUGGCAAACGAGGCCAUGUGACAGUAUUCGGAUGUAACUGACAGAGCUGCGCUGCAUGUUGGCUGGCUGUGGUGCCCAGUAUUAGUGUGAAGCAGAAAGCCAGACCGUCUCUAGUUACAGUGUUCUGCCUGCCACGCUUGUUUUCACUCUAGUGAGAAAUGUCCCUCUGCAGAGACACUUCCUGCUGUUACAAAUGGCCUCCUGACUACUAAUGAACACAUCGAACUGGAAGCCGGGCACAGUGCGCGUCCAUUUCCUGUUGCAGCUAUGAGUCAUAUUUAAAAGCUCCUUUAUGACGUUCACCUGUACAGAAACAGAAACGAUGCUUACAGUCAAAGUUUACAUGAAGUAUCUUUUAUAAUUUGAAAUUUGGGGCCUAUAUCAUUAAUUCAAGGCACCAACUUAAGUUCUAAUGUGGCCAAAGUGAAGAGAUUGUUAUUCCGUCAUCUGUCUAUCCCGAUGUUUUUGCUGGGCAGUGAUCUUACUUAACUGGAGAAAAAUGCAUCACAGCUGGUGUUGAGAUGUAUUUUAACUGGAUCUUUCAGAAGGCCCUUAUGAGUUUGUUUUGGUUUUUAGAUACUGAUUGAGUCUUAGUGUGGAGACUGAAAAAUGAUUUUUGUGGCCAAGGUGUGACUGUUCUGUCCAUGUACAGGUAUGUUGUUCAUAAAUGUACACAAUGUAAAAUUCUGGUUUUAUGAAUAUUGGUUAUUGUACAAACUGUGUAUAAACUGUAUCUAUUGAAUGACAUUGGAAAAAAAAACGUAGAAAAUCUUUACAGCCAUUAAAUAUUUGGAAUUAAAA